UCAAAAUCUUUGUUGUUAGACUUCUUGUUGAGACUUGUUGUUAGACUUCUUGUUGAGACUUGAGAGAGAGAGAGAGUUGCGAGGCAAUGGCGAUGAUAGUGGAUGCAUUUGCUGGGAAGCUGGUGGAGAGGCUCACAAAUGUCAUUGAAGAGAAGGCCAUCAUGGUGUUAGGCGUCAAAGAUGACCUCCAAAAGCUUCAGCGAAGGAUGAAGAGGAUCACAUGCGUGCUCAAGGACGCCGAGAAGAAGAAGAUCCAAGACGACACUGUCAAAUUAUGGGUUGAUGAGCUGAAAGAUUUGAUGUACGAUGCCGAUGACAUCAUAGAUCUUUGCAUGAUACAGGGUACUGGGCUUUUGCAAGAUGAUCAUCAUCAUUCUCUGGCUGAGUCAAGUGCUACUGCCUCAACAAGGAAUCUGACAUUGUGGGAUGGGAUAUUAGAGAUGCUACCAAGAGUCUUGUUGAUUUAUUGGCCUAUCAGCAUGAACAGAAAUGCCGUCUUUUUGCCAUUAUCGGCAUGGGGGGCAUAGGCAAAACCACACUCGCACAGUUGAUAUAUAAUGAUUCCAAGAUAAAUGAUGAUUUUGUGUUGCAUUCAUGGAUUUGUGUUUCAAAAUUCUACACAUCAAGGUCUGAUUUGCUGAAGGAACUCAUAAGAAAUGUUGGAGGUACUUGUGGAGAGUCAACCACAGUUGCGGAGCU